AUGGUGGCGGGCGAAUGGGGCUAUGCGCCGGUGCCGGCCACCCCCGCCAUGAAUGCGUUCCUGGAAACCAACCACGCGCACCUCGCCUCUUAUGGCCUGAAGAUGUCGCCGCAGCCGGCGUGCGGCGUGGGCGCGCAGCACCGCGCCGCCGCGCCUCAUCCGCCGCCGCAUCACCCGCCGCACUACCAGCCCUACCCGCUGCACUCGUAUCAACCCGGCUACUUGCGCGAUUAUGGCGGCUGCGGGGAGUUAUUCCCACAGCAGCCGCUCGAGCAGAGCUGGGAGUGGCGCGGCGACGUGCACUACCAGGGAGGGCCGCCGCCGCUGGUGCCGCAUGCGCACGCCCACGCGCCGCACGCCUUCUUGCGCUACGUGCGCGCUCCCCCCCGGCGCGACAUGCGCUGCCAGUGGCUCGACCCGGAACAGCCGCCGCCUCGCAAAAUGUGCAACAAACUGUUCUCCAGCAUGCACGAGAUCGUGACCCACCUAACUGUCGAGCACGUCGGAGGCCCAGAGUGCACGACGCACGCCUGUUUCUGGCAGGGUUGUGCACGGAAUGGAAGACCCUUCAAAGCGAAGUACAAGCUCGUCAAUCACAUCCGAGUGCACACGGGAGAGAAACCUUUCCCCUGUCCCUUCCCCGGCUGCGGGAAGGUGUUCGCUAGGUCGGAGAAUCUGAAAAUACACAAGAGGACCCAUACCGGCGAGAAGCCGUUCAAAUGUGAAUACGCGGGCUGCGACCGGCGCUUCGCCAACUCGUCGGAUAGAAAGAAACACUCGCACGUACACACAUCCGACAAGCCGUACAACUGCCGCGUGCACGGCUGCGACAAGUCCUACACGCACCCCUCCAGCCUGCGCAAGCACAUGAAGGUGCAUGGCGCUGCAGGAGACGCCUCUCCGCGCUACGACAGCGAUGCCGAUGACUCCUCCUCCGCCGCUAGCGUUAGCGUCACCGCCGGCGCCGCUAGCCCACCCGCGCCAGCUCUGCCUGUCCAGCCCGCGCCUGCGCCAGCGCCAGUUCCACCGCAGCCACACGCGCCGCACCACACGCACCACCACGCUUCCAUCACGGACAAGCUAGAGAGUCUUAACGACAAAUACCUGAGUCCCCACGACCAUAAACCAUACGACCGGCCGCCGGCGCCGCCGCACCACGCUCAGCCGCCGCACCUCACGAACAUUGGCGGCAACGGCAUGAUGGACAACAAGCUCGGUUUCGGCGGGCACUGGUCGCAGUUUCAGCAGCCGACAGCCGCGGUGCCGCACGGCGUGCCCGAAUGGUGGUGUCCCUCGCAGGAGCCCUACCAUCACCACCACUUGAUGCACCACUCAGGCGCCGCCGCCGCAUACUGACCGCAUCGCGCUUAGGGAACUCUUCAUUCAACGAAUAUACGAAACUAUAGUAAAAUUUAAAUCUUAGUUCUGAUAAAACGAAGGAAGAAAACAAUGAAACGUGGAAUGAAAAGUUUACUUAAGCGCCAAAACGCCUUCGCAUUACGCUUAUUAAAAUCAUUAAAUUAACAUAAAUAGUCAGAAGUUAUUUUUUAAUAUUUGUAUGUAAUAAACGCCAGCCGUCCGUCGGAGCAGACCUCUGCACAUAGUAAGUGAAGAGUUAAUUCGGUAAGCGAGAACAUUGUUGCGGACAACAAUAGAAUUAUUAUGACACGUUUCUGUGCGUACAAGUUAAAACAACAGAGUUGUUAACAAAGAGCGCUAGUUGAAAGCUUUACGGCAUGUUGUAUAUUUCCCUUAAACACAGUGUUGUACGCGCUCGCUAUGAGGGAAGUGUCUUAUUAUAUUCGAGGAGACGAGGCAUGUGCCCGCACAGAGCAUUGUCCGCCGGCUAAUGUCAUUUCUAAGCAACUCGAUAUGCACCGAGAUUUCGUCAACCGUAUUGUUGACAGUGAUUUAUUGCAGCCUUUCGUAAUUUAUAAGUCUUUUAUGAUGUACAAAACCGUUUCCUUGUCAAAUUAUUCUAUAAACAUGUACCACUGUCACUACAGAUACUUUUAAAUUGUCUAUGUACUUUUUAUAUUCUUAAUUUGUUUUUCAAUUCGAUUAUAUUGUAAGUACCUAAAUAAGGUCACGUGAUGACCAGUAUGGCCAAAGCACCGAGUCCAAUAAAAUACGAUAGAUAGGUUGUAUAAUUGUAAAUUUGUAAGUUGGAGGUAUUUAGAUAGUUAACUUGUAAAAAUAUUAUAAGCAA